AGUGCCAAUUUUUUCGCGCACGAAUUCUGCUUUUCACAAUCAUUUAUCACCUCAUCUGGUGGAACAACCGAUUGUGCGUCCGAGACCGAAAUCGGCUGCCCUUUAGCUCAUCGAGUGACAGCAUCAGCCACUGCUUGCGCUCUGUAAGAUAACAUUCUCCUCUGUCCUCCACUCCUGUUCGACUUUUGAUUACAUGUACUCGUGCCAAGUGCAUGCAUCCGUUGGACUCAUUUAUAGCAAGCACUUCCGUUCACUUGAAAAAAGUGCUGUCGGUUCUAAACUUAGGUCUAGAUUCAACCAAAAGUCUCCUCGAAGCUCGACUAUCGUUUCCUUUCUCUCAUGACACACUCAAACACGGAAUUCCGUUCCUUGCCCAAGCUUGGCCCAACGAUGGCAUCCCCAGUGUACAUUUCCUUGUCCGAGUCGGAGUAGCGCAAUGUCGAACAAUGAAAUUCGGAAACAGGAGUGAAAUAGUUAUGAUCGCGAGGGGACUAGACUCCACGAACAAUGUACUUCAGUCAUCGUCGUCAAGACAGCGUCCUCCACAAUUGUCACUUGCUUCGCUGUCUGCACGACGCGGAGCUUCCCGAAUUCCCUCGUGUGGAGUUGCAGCGCUCGCCGUCCUGACGGUGAUGUCUCUUUCAGAGUUUCGAAGCGAGACGAGAAGGGCCGACGAAUAAUUACAGGAGCCCCUAAAUUCAGACGACCGCCGCUGACAGCUCUCGCGAGGACGAGCGUCGCGCGAUGCCCUCUAGGGAGUUCAUGCCAUCUCGAAGCGAUGGACGAAACAGAGCGGAAUUGAAUGUGCAGGCGAUGCCAACAACGAAGGAGCGGAUGUCGUUUGUGACAAGAUCCAGUCGGUGACCGAAAUUCGGUUAGAAGCCGUGAUCCCUAUUUACCGCGAAUGAGUUCCUUCCCCAUUUGCUCGCAGGUCGAAUUUCAUCUACGAUUCUGCGAGGGACGAUCUCAGCAUCUUACGACGUUGUUCGGGCAAAUCGGAGGUCCGCGUGAAGCGAAAGAGUCUUGUCGCCAUCGACGUGCGAAGUGUGUCGCUAUGGGAGAGGUCAGUAUCGGAAGCUGUGCCCGUCCGUAGUCCUCAGGAAAAAUUUCUCUUGUGUGAAUGGAUGCUUACUGAGUUUGACAUAGUCUCGAUUCGAUGGAGGCGAAUUCACCUGUCGGCUUCCGUAGUGCCAUCGACUGCUGCUCUACGAGCAAUUGUAGGACAAUAUCGUUUGCUCGUGCCUCUAUUUACGCAAUUUGACAUAUGCUCGUUGCCGUUCGAACAUCGUGUCGAUCUCUUAUCUCUCUUCUUCCAAGAGGCCGGGAUCUCGUGAGAGUCCAAUCGUUCCAGGCAGGUUCACAUCGAGGGAACACAGAUUGCUCGAUAAUGUAUCACAUGGGCCCCCUGGGAGCUUCAAGGUCUGUCCAUUGCUACCGCUGAUUGUGGUCGAGUCUGAGUUUCUCGAGCGAGAUUGCCAACCCUGUAGCGAAGGCCAUGUUGACUGUCCGAAGAGCCGUGAUCGAAGGACGAGCAUUACUUUCUCGGAGGCUAGCGGGAUUUGGUAAUGAAUCGACCAGCCACGAAAUACGAAGCUUCUCACAGAACUUGAGAAGUUUCAGCCGCAAAUCUGGUGAUGACUUCGUUGAUGACUUCAACAAGGAGCUGGAGGUUGUUUUCGGGCGAUCCCUAGACAGCCCUUCCCAAUGGGGAGAGCUGGUAGCGAGUGAGAAUCUGAAUGCUGGUCUGUCGAUGCAUCGACAGUUCUCCGAUGACGAUCUCUCAUCAGAAUCGAGCAAUUUAGAUGAGGGUGUUUUCAGGCUGAACGCUCUCACUCAUGUCGAUGGAUCUGGGAAAGCCUCGAUGGUCAAUGUUGUGGAGAAGCAGGACACAAAGCGGGUGGCAGUUGCCUCGGGUAAGGUGUUCUUGGGCCCGACUGCGUUCCAGCUGGUGGCUGAAAACAACAUCGCCAAGGGAGAUGUGCUGACAGUGGCCAAGAUUGCUGGGAUUCAAGGAGCCAAGCAGACCAGCAGCCUGAUCCCUCUUUGCCACAACAUACUGCUCAGUGGGGUGGAUGUGUCCCUGACUUUAAACGAGCCACUCCACGCGGUCGACAUCAGAGCAGAAGCCACUGCUGCGGGCCCGACUGGUGUGGAGAUGGAAGCUCUGACGGCAGUGUCUGUUGCCAGCCUCACAGUUUAUGACAUGUGCAAGGCCGUAUCCAAGAACAUCAGAAUUGGCAAUGUGCAGCUGGAGUCCAAGACCGGUGGCAAGAGUGGAGACUGGUACAGGGACUGAGUAGUGUGGAUAUCAUCUUCUUGCCUUCCUCCUGCUUCUGCUUCUGCUUCAGGCCCACAGGCAGCGUCCGCCAUGGCCUCGUUGUCGUUGUUGCACGUCCUGCCAGUGUGUGUAGCUUAAAUGUACACUUUGUGAGGAAGACUAUGUCGACUGUUUUGGCACCUCCCAGUGUUUCACCCGCCGGUUUCAUCCUGAAGGUCCGCAUAAGUCCUCCAUAGUUGGUCCAAUUCCACGCGAUUCCACUCGUUUGAAGCUAGUCAGGAAGAAGAUCAAACUAUUCAGCUUUACAGGAACAUGCAUUACAUGGAGUCAGGCAAUUGCUAGUUUUCUUCGUAGUCAGUGUAGAAGAAUGGCAAGGUCAAGAAGGCAGCUGAGAACGGGCUAGUUCCGCGGAUUGGUUCGAGGUUCUCAAUCUUCUAAUACAAUAAUCGUGCAGAUGUCUUGCCUUCUAUUUGUGUCAUCUAGUCUGUGUGUCAAGGUUAGUGAUUUGACGGGAGGUUCUCCCGAUCACGAUCUGCUGCUUGCUACUCUCGUAACGAAAUAUAUUGCAGCGGGUUAUACAGCUUGUGAGCAGUGACUAGAAUGAGGACAUUGUUCUGACACUGCUUCAGCAGUGCGCAUGGGCAGACGAAGAAGGAAUUCAUGCAAAGCGGAGUUGCUCAGAGAAUCUGGACGGUGGUUAUGCAAGACAAGUUGGAAUGGAGUUCGUAAUAGUCUACGAUGGCUACAGUCCAUCUUGUCAUACUACCCUGAAACAAGUUGACUCGAUUACUAACUCGACAGACUACUAGGUUGCAAAUGGAUUUCCCCUUCGUG